AUGGCCCCGAAAACAGCUCGCCUCUCAUCAAAAGAUACUUCAUUCUCAGCUUUCUCGCAGCUCACCUACGAGCUCCCACAUUCUCACAUCUACACCUCACAGUUUUAUCCUCGCUCUCUACAAUCCCGCCCAACAACAGUCUCUGAGGUCUUGAUAUGCGCCCAUGAGUCCGGACUUACUAUUUUGUGGCGCGCUAAGGGGACAUCGAAGAAGCCAUCGAAGGACGCGUCUUCAGGGAAACAGAAGGCUAUUGCGCGUGACGACGAUGGUGAUGACAUGAUGAUUCUUGACGGUCCGCCGUCAAAGAAGAACGCGAUCAACGGCGCUGAGACAGAAGAACAGCCGGAGCCGGCGGAUGAGGAGCAGUUUGCAUGUUCAUACACAGUUCAUCUUGGGACACCAGUUCACCAUAUCUCAUUUCCGCCGGCUUCUAUCCUACCUUCAGAUUUAGAAGCCUCACGGGGUGUGGGUGAUGAUGACGAAGAAGACUCGAUGAGCAGGCUCCCGAAUGAUCUCCUCCAGAAGAAUUUCUUGAUAGUGGCCACAUGCGCUGAUCGGUCCGUCCGGCUGAUAACUCUCCCACGAGCGCCCCCAUCAUCAAGCCAGUCUACGAAGAAGCGAGAGCAUGUUAUUGUCCUUGGAACCGGAAUCUAUGGCCACAAAGAAGUACCAAGUGCAGUAUCUGUCACUAUUGUUCCGUCUGCCAACAGCUCCUUCUCCCACGAGAAUUCAGAAAGACGGACCCCUAGCGGAUCCCCUGGUUCCUAUAGCCCACCCCGGCUCGGUACCUCCGAUGCUUGGGAUAUCUUGAUUGCCUCGUCUUCUGCAGAUACAAACGGUCUGAUCCUACUUUGGCGCAUAUCGCUUCAUCCCCCGCCGCGCAAAUCUUCGCUCCCAGUGACUUUCAAAACGCCCUCAAGGCCCAUCAAUGUAUUCCUCCACGCCCCAGCGACCUCUCUCUCAUUCAACACCUCUCCCACGUCAAAGUCACGCCGUCAACACCUUCUGGUCGUGGAUCGUAAAGGUGCAGUAAGAAUUCUCGACACGCGCACGAAAUCCUGGCUCGGCAGCUUCUAUACUUCUUUCUCACGCACCUCGGACCGCCGAAAAAAGAUCCUUGGUGCCGAAUGGCUUACCGGCGGUCGCGGCAUUAUCGUUCUCUGUGAAGAUGGAGAAUGGGGUGUUUGGGACCUUGAAGGCGUUCUCUCAAAGCUCGAUGAAGCAUCCGUGACCGGCUUCUUCAUUGGGGGUGUUGUCGGCGAAACCUGGUACAACAACCGUAAAUCUCACUCCAACCAUUACGACGAAUCUGUCAGCGAGAUUAGCGGCCGAAGCCCAUCCAACCGUGCGAUGAGCGUUAUGUCCGGCGGAACCGGUACUACGAUUCGUAGGCGCCGUGGGAGCAGCGCGAGAGAUAUGACUGGUGGUAUAGGGUUCCUCACUGUCACUGCGAUUCCGGGAAGUAGCUUCUUUUCCAGCACUGCCGUGUUGGACAAGGGGAAGACAACAGCAAUGGGCGGUCUUCAAAUCAACGACGAGACGAUCACAUUUGUGUUUGGCAGUGUAGUUAUGGUGAUCCCGUCUCUGAAGAAAUUCUGGAGAGUCGAGGAGGCCAAAAUGCAGAAGCGCUCCCACAAGUCCGGCACACUCGGGAUGGGGCUCUGGAAUGGGGAGGAUGGCAAAGCGGAGAAGGAGUUCAUUGUGUUAGAGGGGUGGAACUGCGGCGGUGCUACCGUCACUGGUGUCGACGUUAUUCCGCCUGGCCGUACAAAGGACGGCGAGUGGGAUGGCGAUAGUGUGAGCACGCCCGAGGGGAACGUUGCGCGGAUAUUGCUGGGUACAAGCUGCAGGAUUGUCAUCAUGGAUGUUAAGGAGUCGAGCGCUGUGGCAGCGAUCAAGGAUUCAAAGACUCUGGCAGUGGCAGUAGCUAGUGCGACAGGCGCAGCGUCGAACAGGCGUGCUAUCUUGCCAAAGGCGAAUCCGGUACCGGGGACCAGUUCAAAGGGGAAAAGAAAGGUGGGAUUCUUGCAAGACUCAUAG